AUGUCACCAUUCAUUACGCAGGCUUCCAAUCCACUGCUCCCCCAAAUCUCCCAACGACCACGACCGAUUCCUCCGCAACCAAUUCCAGUACCACCUGGUGUUUCCUCAGUCCCCGUACCAAAUCAAGGCUUCGUACCAAUCGCACAGCAACUUUCACCAUUUUAUGCAGGUGAUAUCAUGUUUCAUGCGUUCAUUUCUGUGAACGGAUAUAUCGGAUUUGCACACAUACUCAAUCAAGGUCCAGUACUGAACGUUGGUGUUGAGAACACAGAUUGGCCAAGACAACCAGAUCCAGCGAUGAUCGCACCUUGGCUUUGUAAACAACAAAUUACCCAAGAUCCGCAGCCUGGCCUACGAACUGGUGUGUUCUUCAGGCUGGUCUUAAGGCAGUCACUUUUUGGUAGACGUCGAAAUGAGUUCUUCAAUGUUGCCAGCUCACCAACAUCUUCAUUUUUCAAUCAGCCUGCGAAUUUGGCCUGUCCAGGAACGCCGGAUUCGUAUAUUCAGUGUAAUCCACAAAGUGAUAUGUUUCUGGAACAGAUGAUGCAGUGGCUUCAAGAAGGGGUUGCUGGGGCAGUUGCAUUCAGAGCGGAUGCAGCGUUGGUGGUAACAUGGUUGAAUACCGCAUCUGGGGUAUCGGGUCGUUCGGAUGUCGGAAGGGGACAGUUGGCAACUUAUCAGGCGAUUUGGUUGACUGAUCAGGCAGCGAAACUGAGUUACGUGAUUCUGAAUUAUGACAAACUCGGAUUUGAUGCUGAUGAUUUUCGAUUCAAUUCACGAAAUGGUCGUUGCCAGGCACUUUUCAAUGGUGGCAAUCACACAGGAACAGUACCAGUCGAUCCAACAAUUCCAUAUAAACAUUCACCAAAGAUAUUAGCACAACGAUCCGGUGUACCGCAUAUGGGUCGUGGUCGCUAUAUGUUUCGCGUCGAUGACGUUGUGAGACCGGGAGGUUGCUCGAACAAAACGUCUGGAACGUAUCCGAUGCUGAUCUAUCCAAAUAUCGUGAACAUGCUUGGAGAAACGACAGUGGACAUCAACGCGCUUUGCUUGGAUCGUUCACAAACGUAUAUUCUCAUGAUUGAGCAACGUGAGACCGCAACGUGCACAGUAUUGAAUUCAGCGAUUGCUCGAUGCUUUUUGCCGAGAGUGUUCGAUUGGGGCACAAAGACGGUCUAUUUUCAGACGCAACAAGGCAAUUUAAACGCACAAGAACAGAAGGCCUUUGUGGGCUAUAUUUACUUUGUGCCUCCUACGAUUGAUCCCAUGCGGCUUGAUAUCGGUAAUGUAUAUGACUGGUUCAAAAAUCCGGUUCCUUUUCAGAUCAUGUCGAUAUCAUGGUAUCCUCGUAAUUUUACGAAUCCGGAUUUUAUGAAUGGUGAACGUUUCUUCCAAAUUGCCAACGAUGCAAUGUAUAGUGUUCAACUGGGUUUAUAUGUUAUUGGUUAUCGCGAAGGCAAGGACGAAUCGAUUCGGAAGUUCCGACCAGAAUAUAGGACGAUUUGUCGGUUGGCAACAUUCACAAAUCGUAAUAAUUACCAGUAUCGAUUCAAACCUCAAGAAGAGCGAAUUAAUAUUUAUCAGGUAGAACAGUGGUAUUUGAAUGAAUGGGAACGAAUGAAUGAGUUGUACAGUUAUCGAUUUGGUUACUUAAAACUCUCACCGAUCAGGCCAAAUGAUUUAACUGGAAUGAAUCUCUUGCCGGGUUUGACAUCCUCUCCGAUAUCAAUACAUUGGUUGUGGCAGCCACUCGAACUAGGCACUGUUGUGACGGGACCGGUCAAUGUUCAACAGCAACAGUCAAGAGUUGCUUAUGUUGAGGAAAAAGCAACUCAAAUGUGUCAAGAUUGGUAUGCUGAAGAUGGUGCACAGUACAAUUUCAUUCGAUAUACCGAAACGAAUGCAUCAUGUCCAUGUAUCGAAAGUCAAGCUCGCAUCGAUUUGGGUCGUUUCAUGCCGCAUCCACGCUGCUCACAGGCAUGUUCUAGUUACUGUUAUCAAUCCGUAUUUUGCUUCAAUUACCUCCGUUCAGCUGGUCCUCCAGUCAAACAACUUUUAAGUUCUGGAUUCAUUUAA